GUCAUCGGUUGACAAUGCCAGCCCGCACUAGGUCAUGCUCUCAGGCGACUGCGUCUCAAUCUCUAGGGGCAAAGAAAUCUGCUAAUAGACUCAGCAGCCAAGGUGGUCACGUUGCCGAAGGCGAAGUCGGGAACGACAAAGCAAGGCUAGUUCUCUGGGAAGAUAUCUUACUAAGGAUGCAGUUCCUCCAACAAAUCCACAGUUUCGAUGGAUCUCCUCAUUCAAGGGAUAGUCCCGCAAUUGAGAAGUAUUUUUCAAUCAGUGGCACUCCUGAGGAUAUGAUCAUGCGCUGCCAGUAUAGCUCCUAG